AUGUCUUCAACUGAGUGGACGACUUGCCUAGUGAAAUUUAGUGCGUUUUCCCUGAUUUUGUUCGUAACUGACUGCAACGGGAGCGUUGAGUUAGAUCUAGUUGGAUAAUAAGGUAAAGAUGUUGCGAGAUAAAAUUGACACAAAUGUGA